UUUUAUUUUGAAAAUAUAGGAAACCGGACAGAUUUGUGCAUGUGACUGACAAGAUAAAUCCGAUGGGCAUGACUGAAGUUACCGUCAUAAUACAGUUGACGGGAGAAUAUCUGCGGCGUUCAGUCAUGCUGCAACCUGACCAUUGAACUGACAACAAGUGUUUCCCUUAUAUGACAACACUGUGAGUAGUUGGUGGAGCCCUAACCAGUAGCUCAACAUGCCAAGAGAGUGCCUCCUCCUUUAGAUGCACUUCCUUCAUCUCCUGACUGUUCAAGCAAGAAAGUUAAGUGUUAGGACCACAAGCACGAUGGGCCACCCGCGUUUAUAUAUGAUUCUGCUCGCAUUCAUUUGUCACAGUUAUGGCCAGGAUGCAUUCAAUCCACUUUACAGAUCCAAAAGGAUUCAAGAAAGUGCUGGAUCAGAUUCCAGUGAUUGUUUGCCAAGAUCAAAUGGGCCACACAUCUCCCCAAACUCACCCAACUUCUCUCUGGAUCUUCGAAUGCCUGGUGUCAUCCCAGCUAAGUCGGACACUUACUUAUGCAUGGCAUUUCCUGUGCCAACUACCCGGAGUCAUGCUGCAUAUGUCGUGGACUUUAUACCUCGGGCUACAAUGAACACAGUCCAUCACAUGCUGCUGUACGGCUGCAAGUCCCCUGUCUCCACCACCAAUUACUGGGACUGUGGCAGUACACGGGGUACUUGUAAAGAUGGAGCAUCCAUUUUGUAUGCAUGGGCUCGAAAUGCACCACCAACAAAACUACCAAAAGAUGUUGGUUUUGAAGUUGGACGAAAUUCAGGAGUGUCUUACUUUGUGCUACAGAUCCAUUACGGAGAUAUCAGUGCUUUCCAAGAUCAUCACAAAGAUUGCUCGGGUCUCACUCUGACAAUAACAUCCACCCCGCAGCCGUUUAUUGCUGGGAUUUACUUGCUCAUGUCCAUGGACACUGUUAUCCAGCCAGGAAAAAGAGUUACAAAUGCGGACAUCGCCUGUGACUACACCUCGUAUCCGAUUUACCCGUUUGCCUUUAGGACACACACACAUCGUUUGGGAAAAGUGGUCAGUGGCUACAGGAUUCGAAAUGGGAAGUGGAGCCUGAUUGGGAGACAGUCUCCUCAACUACCGCAGGCUUUCUAUCCUACAAACCACGACGUGGAUGUGCAAUAUGGAGAUACGCUCGCCGCCAGAUGUAUGUUCACUGGUGAAGGCAGAAGCGAAGAAACAUAUAUGGGGGGUACCUCUGAUGAUGAAAUGUGCAAUUUCUAUAUCAUGUACUACAUGGACAGCAAACAUGCCAUCCCUUAUAUGAACUGCAUGAAACAAGGCUCUGCCAAAUUGUUUCAGCACAUUCCACCUGAAGCCAAUAUUCCCAUUCCUGUCAGUCCCGAAAACAUGAACGCCAUGAUGCCUAUGGCACAUUCAACAGGUCACCAAGAUCCAGUAUCUCUGCCAGGUACAGCCAGUGAAGAGCAGCCUUUCACUCAGGGUGACCUCUAUUCUCUAAUGUCCAAGCUGCUAGGUCAAAACAAUGAUGUAGUAGACAGUCGUAAGUACAACCCCAGUAAGAUACACAGGGUCCAGCCUGAGCUGGUGGCUCAGAUUCAUAGCUUAAUACAAAAGAAAAACUUGGGCCCUCCUGCUGCUUCGCUGGCCCUCCAGACCAACAGGCACCCUGUUUUAAUGAGGGACAGAGUCCACAAAUUCCAUCAGCUUGAGGCCAUGCCCAAGCUGACAAAAAGCAAGUUGCUGUUUCAAAGACAAGAUACCCAUCUGGAGCAAGACCCAACAUGGCCACAGAAUUCUCUCCAGCUGGGUCAGGUGUCAGGACUUGCCAUUGACUCAGAUUCCAACCUGGUCAUUUUCCAUAGAGGUGACCAUCAGUGGGGACCAGAUUCUUUUGACACCCAGGCUUUGUAUCAGCAGAGGUUCCUCGGCCCUAUUCAACAGUCCACUAUUUUGGUUGUUAAUGUGGACAAUGGCAACGUCCUCAAGGCUUCUGGAAGAAAUAUAUUUUACUUACCUCAUGGAAUAACCAUGGACAAAGACAAUAACUACUGGGUAACUGAUGUGGCUCUUCAUCAGGUUUUAAAAGUGAGUAGUGAUGGUGGUGACAGAACCUUGUUGUCUCUGGGAGAGGCUUUCAAACCAGGAAGUGACCAUUACCAUUUUUGUCAACCCACCGAUGUGGCAGUCGAUUAUGAAACUGGAAACAUUUUUGUGUCUGAUGGCUACUGUAAUGCAAGGAUACUGAAAUUCUCUGCCGAUGGAAGAUAUCUUUCGGAGUGGGGAGCUGGCUCUUCAGACCGUAGAAGGCGUACACCGUUCCGGAUUCCGCACAGCCUUGUAUUUCUGCCAAAGAGAAAUGAAGUGUGUGUGGCUGACCGGGAGAAUGAGCGCAUCCAGUGCUUUAUAGCUCAAACUGGAGAGUUUGUUAAGGAAAUAAAAAAAAAAGAGUUUGGAGAAAGUGUCUAUGCCAUCACUUACAGUCCGGUUGGAGGUGAAGAUGGCACAAUCUUUGCAGUAAAUGGAAAAUCUAUGGAGGGGAAUUCCCCUCCUCCAACUGGUUUUGCUAUAAAUUAUGCAACCAAGGACAUUCUGGAUACCUUCAGCCCUAAGAAAUGGGAGUUUCAAAUGCCUCAUGACAUUGCUGUUACGCAAAAUGGUAGCAUCUUUGUCGGGGAUGCGACCAGCAAGACUGUUUUCAAGUUUACAGCUGAGAAGACACAUCGUUCAGUCAAGAAGGCUGGCAUUGAAGUUCAAGAACUGGAAGAAAUUGAGGCAUUUAUCCAAACCAAGGAGACGCCAGAGCAGAACGUGUCAAAGACUGCAGCAGUUGAACAGAAGCCAUAUAUGGCUCAACACCUGAAGCCACAAGAUGAGAAGAAAAAGACUGUUCCCCAUCCAAACAAAGAGCAUGGUCUCCUACCAGUGGUCAUCACUCUGCUCUUGCUCAUCCCUCUUCUGCUUGUCAUCUCCGUAGGAGUCUUCAUCUGCUGGAGAAAAAACAACCGGUAUGAGGUGAAAACCGGGCCCAGUGCUGUUGGAGGGAUUUUAGGAAAAAUCAGUGGUAAAGCAGUCGGCAGCCUGAACCUCGGAAACUUCUUUGCCUCCCAUAAGGGUUACAGUCGUCAGGGCUUUGACCAACUGAGUACCGAAGGCAGCGACCAGGAACGGAACGACGAGGGGAGCAGCGAGUCUGAGAACGAAGAGUAUUCCGCUCGUCCCACACCACCUCCACCGUCCUCUUAGGAAGAUUUGGAGCACACCACAAUCUUCUGCUUACAUGGCCAGGAUAUAUUUCAUGUCAUCCAUCAUCGUGUCACUGUUGUGUUAGAUGCCUUAUUGUUUAUAUAUUUAAGUAGGGACUGUACAUAAAUUUAUUUUUUUGUUGUUGCUAUAAUUAAAUCAAAUUAUUUAAUCUUAAUUUAACAAGCCCAUGUUCCGAAAACAAUUAUAUCAUCGCUCUCGAAUAGUAUUACAGUAGGUUUUGUUUUUUAUGUCAUAAGUGAGGUUCAGAUGCCACAACAAUAAAAUUAACAAGCAUUUGUGCUGGUUGUUGUGCUUUUUCCAAAAAGAUAAAGGUUGACAACAGAAAACGCACAUGUAUAGCUGUUCGUAGUGGUUAACUUUUUUUUCUAAAUUCAGUCAUUGCUCAUUUUACUGAGUUUGUAUUUAACAUUCUACAGUUUUUGUGACUUUACACCAGAAAGCUUUUCCUGAGAUUUGGACAAGUAAAUGUUGGGAUUCAAAGGAAUCCAUAUAUAUUGUAAUUUAAUGUCAGAUUUUAUUAACAACAAAGGUGGAUUCCUUCUACGCAUAAAUAUCUUCCAUGUAUUAAAAAUUCCAUGCCAUUAUAUUUCAUUUAUUGUCGAUGGUUUGACUCGGUCACAUUUCAAUUACAAUUUUGUGCCUUUUCAUCUUUUGCCUUUUGUCAUCGUCUGCCAUUGUAAAGUGUACCAUAGGAGGUAAACUGCUGCUGCUAUUAUAGCUUGUACUCUUGUACUGAUUCUUCUUCCUUCACCGCCAGUCAAAAAAAUGAUAUAUUUACACAUUCAUGUUUUGUUUUGUGGGAAUGUAAAUCGUCAAUCAGACUCUGAUAAACAGCCGAAUCCAUAGCACUGUGUCCAUGCUUAUCUUACGCUCAUUUCAAUUAUUUACUCAUUAGACCAUUGGUCCAUUCACUAUACCACUUAUCCUCACUAUUAAUGGCCGUGAGUGACCUGGAGCCUAUUCCAGUUGACUUGGGGCGAGGUACACCAUGAACUUUAUGGAACACUCUAAAUUGUCCCUAGGUGUGAUUGUGAGCGCAAAUGUUUGUUAGAGUGCCUUGCGAUUAGCUGGCAACCAGUUCAGGGUGUACCCUACCUCAUGCCCAAAUCGGCUCCAGUACUUUCGCGACCCUCGUGAGGAAAAGCGGCUCAGAUAGUGGAUGCGUUGACUCGUAUGUUUGGAAAUGUGUAUGAAAUGAAAUGGGUAACUUGCUUGACCUCUCAUUUCCUUUCACCAAAUAUGUGUCUGUUCAUCUGCUUGAUUUUUCCCUUGAAUGAUUAAUGUACUAAAAGCAUGCCAUAGAAAUAGGAUGUUGCAGUCACACGUGAAUUGAUAUUUAUUGUGACAAUUUUGCUGCAAAGGUACUAUUUUAGUAACAAUGUUAUUUGUGUAAUAAAGUGUUUGCAACGCA